AUGGAAAACUUAACAUUUGUUCUGAGCAAUUCAACAAACGAAAGUUUAAUUUCUUCAUGUAAAGCGUCUUGCGCAGAACUUGGGUUUACCGAGAAAGUUUCCGGCGGUGUUUUCUAUGGGACUGUGUCUGUACUCGGAUCGAUUGGUAAUUUUCUUGUCAUUCUGGUAAUUUGCCGGACACCAGGCUUAAGAAACAUCUAUGGUAUUCAGAUUGCAAACCUCGCUGUAGCUGAUUUCAUCGCGUCAUCCACUGGAAUUUCUCUGUUUAAUUAUGCCAUAACCCAGCGUUCAUUCUACAAUUUUCAUCUCGCUCCGCUCAGCAUACACAUUGGUGCGGCAAUUUUUCACAUGUCCAUCGAUGCUUCACUUAUAGCUCUAGCUUGUCUGAGUUUUGAUCGUUUUUUCGCUGUUUACUACCCCUUAAAACAUAAAUUCUUUAUGACUUUUAGAAAACUAAAAGUUAUGAUUGUUGUAGUGUGGUUGGUUUCCGUUACAAUUAUAGUUUUACUUUUUUCCAAGCGCUCAAUUUGGCACGCGAAGUUUCUUUAUGUAGAAUCUUCUAUUCAUAAACUGUGUGUGGUCGUGAUCAUCGGCACUGGAAUUGCCGCCAUAGUCAAGGUGUUUAAGAGUUCUUCGAGUGUAUCAGACAUAAACCAAAGUCAUAAUGGUGGCCAAAAUUCUGUACUGCACCAGAGAAACAAGCAAGUUGCGAAAACCGUUUGUUUUGUCGUCCUGUUGUUCGCGUUUUGUUGGACUCCUUCAGUUCUAGCAAGGCUUAAAAAUCCCCUUUUGGAUUCUGCUUCGCUCUCUUCGUUAGACUUUUGGCUGACCGCACUCAGAUUCGCAAAUUCUGCCAUGAAUCCUUGCAUUUACUUUUAUCGCCAUCGCAAUUAUCGCGAGGCAUUGAAAAGAACUCUAGGUUGUUAAAAGGCAGAAGUUAGAGAUACUUUGUGAAAUCUCUAAAACACUGGUCUGAAUAUUACCAGACUGGUACGUUUUUAUAAUGUAAUUUUCACUGAUUUCAAGCAGGGGCGUUUGAGCGAUUUUGCCGGCAGAGCUAGGCGUUUUAGUGAACACAUUGUAUAAACGUUUUGCAUGAAUGCAGUUGUGCAUUUUGAAUACGGCCGGAC